UGUUGGUCUUCCAGUUUGUACAUGUGAUACAUUGAACUCAGAGAUAAAUCUUCAUGUAGGUAUUGUUUAGUUGAGGACUUCCGGCAGUAAUGUGACUCUACUCUGGCGAACCUAUUUAUGUGCUCUAUAAUACUUUUUCUAAUGAGUAUGUCUCUUGAUUGUAACUCCCGUCGACCUCCACGAUUUUCUUUUUCUAUCACACUCGUUGUUCUAUUCAAUUUCUUUAUUGCGGUUCUGCAAACUUUCUCACUUAUCCCAAGGGUCCCAAGGAACAUUUUUUACAAACUAAUUGUCGGAUAUCUUCUAGAGGUAAGAAAAAAUAAUGUGUUUGCUUACGACGUGGAUCAUUGCUAUUUGUAGUUCUAUGUUUUGGGUUUUCAGAUAAUACAAAACUGCUUUCUCCUUCACAAUUUUCUUAGUUACAGGCGAAAUAUAUGUUUCGCCUUGAUUCCUCAACGUUUUUGCAGU